AUGGAUGGUAUAGGUGAGUUAGGCGUUUAUCAGAUUUGUGGGACGGGGAGCCAAACUGUAAAAGAGAAUUGGUUUGGUAAUAUAUGGAGUUCUCGCAAGGGUAGAACAUUGGAUCCUCAGAAGCCUGUGAUUGGAAUUUUGGCAUUUGAAGUCUCGAGGUUGAUGUUGAAGGUGGUUAAUAUAUGGCAAUGUCUAUGUGAUCAGCAGAUUGUUAAAUUGAGAGAGGAGAUUGUAAACUCGAUUGGCAUUCAAAAACUGGUUUCCCGAGAUAAGGACUAUCUGAUGGAUCUUGUUCUUGCUGAGAUAUUUGAAAAUCUGGUGAGUGUGGCGAAGUCAGUGGAUAGUCUGGGGAAGAAGUGCGAAGACCCACUAUACCACAAUCUUGAACGAGUAUUUGAUGAUCCAGACGAGAUAGAUCCCAAAUGGAUAUGGUGGCAAUACAGGCGCAAGAAGAUGGAGAGGAAGGUUAAGAAAAUGAAGAAGUUUAUUGCGAGCACGGAGCAGUUGUAUCAAGAGCUUGAAGAAUUGGCAAAGCUCGAGCAGAGUCCGAGGCAAAUGAGGGCUGAUGUUGAUAUGGGCAGCCAAGAGAAUUUACAUUGUGUUCAGCGGCAGGUAGUGUUACAACGUCUGGAAGUGAAGAAUCUCCAGGAGACAUCUCCUUGGAUCGGAAAAAUUGAGGACCAUAGCAGUGAUUCCCUUAUACGUGGAAAUUCUGUCUCAGCUCGGAUACAAUUGUCAGUUUAUACAUCUGAAAACAAGUUGCAUAGUUCAUUUUCUGAUCUUGCCCCGUCUGAUGACAAGAUUAGAUCAAGGAAUAAGCAGUUGCUUGUUCUUUCCCCAUCAUCCAUCCAUUCGGAGAAAAGUACUCAAAUUAAAGGUAGACGAUUAGCUCCCUAUGGCUUCAAAGGACAGGCGACUGGUGGAAAUAACUCGCUGGUUAAAAGGAGCUAUACACCUUCAAGCAGUGGCACUUUGGGGUCAAAUGAUACUUUUAACAAAGACACUGAUGACAACAUUUCAGUUCAAACUCAAUACUGUGGCACAACUUCCACUAAACAAUCUUUCUUCAAUUCCAAGCGGAAACUGUUAAAUGCCCCUCCAUCUACUCUCGGUAAUGCUGCUUUGGCUUUCCACUAUGCAAAUGUCAUCCUAAUAAUCAAGAAGCUAGCUUCAGUUCCUGAAUUGAUCAGUGAUGACUCGAGAGACGAUCUUUACAAUAUGUUACCAACAAGUAUCAGAAACCAUCUGAGUGCAAAGCUCAAGGUAUUUUCAAAAUCCUCAGGUUCAAUGACUAUACUACGGAGGAAAGCUCUCCUUAUGAAGUUAGCACUGGCAAGAACACUGGAAUGGUUGUCUCCACUUGCUCUUGACACAAUAAGAUGGCAUUCUUUUCAGAACUUUGAAAGGAAUCGAGUGAUUUUUGGGUCAAACACGCUUCUUGUUCAGACCCUUCACUUUGCGAAGCAAGUAAAGACGGAAGCAGCUAUUUUCGAACUUCUCAUGGGAUUAAAUUACCUCUCAAGAUUUCGUAGAGGAAUUAAAGAAAAAACAUCCCUACAGUCUUCUUGCAAUAGAGCAUGUGAUGGUUAUAUUUUAUCCAAGAGUAACAUUUUUCACAACAUGAUUGAUGAUACAUCGUUUUAG